AUGGAACACGAGAAGAUUGUAGCGGCAUUGUUGUGUGUCUUAGCGGCCUUCAAUGUCCCCUGUCCGGCGGCCACAUAUCGAUGCACGGCUGCACAUCCUUGCGAGUGUUUGAUGAGUACCCUUUUCUGCGCCUUCAGGAAUUUGACGUCUGUCCCAGUCUUUGAUCCGGACGCAGAGCCUACACCCGGUGUCAGCCUACAAGCCAAUCAUAUUCGACGUCUGGAAGCCUUUGCCUUCGCCAAUCUCUCAGUAGACACCACAGUCAACAUUAUUCUGCGUGCAAACCCUAUUGACUUUGUGGAUGACUUGGCAUUUGACGGUUUACAAAACUACACAGUAGAUUUGGAUCUCACCGACACACGCCUCACAGCGUCUCCCAAGGCGCUCGUUGCUCUGAAAAAUCUAAGACGUUUGACAACAGACUUACCUUUGUUACCGGCUGUUUCGGAGAAACUCGAUUCAUUGAAAAUCUUGUACAUCACCUCAGGCUCGUUUAACGACACUCUGGAUGGAAUGUGUAGUUUGCCAAAUUUGACCAAACUGGUCAUGUAUGACAAUGUCUUCGAUGCUGGCGUUUCACCGCUACCAAAAUGCGCCCGGCCCAUGAGAAGCGUAGAACAAGUGACGUUGAUCUUUAUGAACCUGACGGUGUUUCCGACUGAAUUUUCGGAAUCGUUCCCUUCACUAAAACAUCUUGAUACUGCAAAAUCCUUCCUGUUUUUGACGCUACUCCAGGUUUUACAGUCUGUGCAGACAAUACACGCAUGCCCAGUGGCCCCACCAUGCUCAUGUUCAUGGCGACAUAUCGACUGUUCUGGAAAAGGACUUUCUGCUGUUCCACAGAUUUUGUCAGAGCCUUCUGAGCAUUACACCUCAAUGGAUUUAAGAUGGAAUGAAAUACAUCGACUGGAAAACCAUACCUUCGUGAAUCUUACUGUGCUACCAAGCGAUGUUUUGCACUUAUAUCUCAGUCACAACCCUCUGGAAUUUGUGGAUGACAUGGCUUUUGACGGUCUGCAAAACUACACAGUACAUUUAGAUAUGACAUCUACAAAUCUAUCGAAACUUUCACCAGCUUUAAAAGAAUUACAUAAACUCACACGACUGGAAAUCACUGACAUUCCUUUGGAUUCUAAAAUCAUGGAAAACAUUGGCAGAUCUCUUCUUAGUUUGAAUAUCAGUACAUUGUCGGAGUGGCCUUCUGGACUGCAUUACUUGCAGAAUCUUUCUACUCUGGAAGUUUUGAAACUGCAUGUGAAUCAAAUUCCACUGAACGGAUUUGCGGGAUUAGGUCAGUCUUUAACACGCUUUCAUCUGGCAUCAUCGUCCCUACAGCACUCUCCAGAUGCAAUGUGCAAUCUCCUGAAACUCGAACAUUUAACGAUGUUAAGGGUGAGUUUCCCACCCGGAGUUAGCUCCCUCCCCUCAUGCUCUCGACCGAUGACUAGUGUGUAUCAUCUCUGGAUGCCGUUCAUGAACCUUGUCACGUUUCCAAACAUCUCUGAGGUGUUCCCGUCUCUGACGAGCCUGGGAUUAAUCAGUUCUAAUCUGGACUAUUUACCUGAUAAUAUCAAUCUACACAAUUUAACGCAUCUCGACCUUAGCAACAACAACUUCAACCGUAUUCCUUCUGUGCUCCAAAACUUCCCGCGUCUGCAAGUACUCUACAUGAACAAUAACAAAAUAGCCUUCCUGUCGGCGGAGUCUUUUCAGAAUUUGCCGCUUUUAUCGGAUAUAAACUUAGUGAACAACCCGAUAUCAAUUGUAGCUGACGACACUUUCAGAAAUAAUCCUGCCAUAUAUGUUCUCAAUCUUAUCGGCGCUAGCCUCAAGACCGUGCCAAAAGCAAUAUUAGGUCUUAAACAGGUUCAUCUUCUCAUGUUCAAUGGGAACCCUAUCAAGUGCUCAUGUGAUCUAGCCUGGCUUCGACAUUACGAACCUAUAAAUUCAUGGCAGGCAAAUCUCUUUGGUAACUGCACUCCUAUGAACAUGGAGAUUUCCACAUACGUUAUAUCUCGACUUUCCCACUGUGAAGUUGAACCUAUUGGUUGA